UAUACCUAACAACUGAAUUAACAGACCGCCUAAAAACCGGUACGAUCAUAGUUAUCGGACACAACUUAAUCAAUAUUGAUUGCACCGGCUCUGAACACAGACAGUCGAGGGGUGAUUCUUUUUUUGUUUACGCCCGAGACAGCACUUAACAUCACUGCUGUGUCACAGAUACAUCUUCAAAACGGUUUGUAGCACGCGUGGCAACGUUGCGCUGCUCUUCUUGUAGAAGAUAUCUCUUGAACUUUCCAUCGGAUUGCAUCAACUUGUUGGAUGCUUCUUUGAAGUAAGGAUUUUGCUUGAUUCCUUGAGCUCUUGGUGAAUUCUUUUUUAAAAUUGAAGGAAAUCUUCGUUUGUUCACGGGUAGAAGAAUCUGUUUGUUUCAGGCAUCGAGGAUGGAGGCUGUUACGCUUCGGCGAAUUUCCUUGACUUCGGGAACCCCUGUCGAGUCUGUAUUCCCACUUGUCUAUAGCUCUGAUGGAUUUUAGAUAUGAAGCAUCUGUAAGAAUUUACAAGCGUUUGCUACGUAGAUGGAGUCAACAAGAUUCUUCUGAAAGAAAUGACCUUGUCGUCAUCAUUUAGAAGAAAAAAAAAUAGACGUACAUAAACAUUGCCAGAAUUUGCUUAUUUAUGUGGUUUGUCGACCUUCGUGGAUGUCUGCUGUCACGAGAAGUUUAACCAGCAUGACAACGAAACGUCCAUGGUGUCCCAGAAAACAACAUGCUUCAGCCUUCAGAUAGCUAUAAAAUGACUCCAAUCUUGAAUAGAGGCCUAUACAGAUUCAGUCAGAUGUAAGCAUGAAGAUGACUCCCUUCGUGAAUCUCAACUUUACACUCUUCUCGAGACUUUAAAACUACCAAGGAACUAUACAUAUACUACCCAAUAUACCUAUAUUGGCAUUGUGAUUGUAAAAUGUCGUGUGGAUGUACAAUUCUUGCGUCAGCGGUGGGAUUUGUACCUAACAUGGUAUUUGACCUCGGUCUGACAUAUUUUCAAAGCGUUGGAUUAUGAGAGACAUUACCAUGACUACGCAAAGCUGGGCCCACAAACGGCGUGGCCUCUCGUGCUACGGACCGCCACUCAUUCACCACCCUAGUCUCGCCGCAACUUACCCGACGUCAGGCUCGCUCCGACGUUGCUACCCGCGAGCUCGGCUUGACGAGAUCGCACACGGUGGCCGAGCUCCGGACACCGAAGAUCAACCUCACAGGGAUGACCGGCGAACGACCUCGACCACAGCUCUCGAGAGCAUCGACGUGGUGCGCGAUGCCGAAGGUCUCCUCUCGCUCGAUGUCGCGGUUUUCUUCCAUCUCGACGUCGAGCCUCCCAAUGAUUUCCAAUCAUACAGACGGGCGAGCUGAUGCUCUAGUCAGUGCCUCAUGCGAUGGGUUGGUUGAGCGUGUCUCGGCUCUACGAAGUUUGGCCAAUAACCCCAGAUUAAAGGUAAGCAUCGUCAACGGGGCACCUACGAUAUCACCCCGCAAGAGCACGCUUCCAUUUGGACUGGAAUCAACCACAUCUCAGAGAAGACACCACCGAGACUCCAAGAAAGAAGUCGUCGUUGAGCUUUCGAAACACGGCUACCACUCUCGCAGCAACUCGCCUACCUAUCGUCGGCUCAUCAACGCGAAGGAGCAACUCGACGUCGCGCUGUGCAAGAAGUUACGCGCUGUCAGACAGCAACUUGACGGGCAGACGGCGCGCGAAAACUCCGCCAUGAACGGGGACUCCGGCUGAAAAUGGACGAGCGGAGUUCGGAGGAACGGUACAAGGACAUGGUCGAGAAGGAAUUGGAAAAUGACGAAGCCUCGGAAGUUAUUGAGAACAUGACGAUCGCCAACAGCGAGCCGCUUGCCAUACUUGAAGCGAUAGAUUUACGAACUCCACGCCCUCACGUUGAUCUCAAAUUUGAUAUUCGUUACGUACAAUCGCAUAUCAACGACUUGGAUGUGUUGAAUAUAAAUGUGAGGAGAAGAGAAGAAAAUUCAGGAGCGGCGAGAUAGAGAGAAGCGCAGACGGCCAGCGCGCGCACCCUCGCAUUCUCCGACGCAAUUCCGCAGAAGCUGCGAAGCGUGUUCCGUGGAGGGCGCGCAUCAAACGGACAAAUCGCGCGUUGAUUAUCUACGCACGAAAAGUCGCGGAGGGUUAAACUCCGCAGACGACAGGAGAAGGAUAGCGACGAUAGCCAUGAUAAUGAUAGUGAUAAUGAUAUCGAGCCGCCGCUGAUGAUGGAUGAACCCAUCACAACGCAGCCGGACUUUCUACCGUUACCGUCACCGCCACCUUCUACAAAAUCGUUCAAAACAAUGAAAAAGACCCAGAGUGAAACGUCGAAAUCGUCGACAUCGUCGAAAUCGUCGAAAUCGUCGAAAUCGUCGAAAUCGUCGAAAUCGUCAAAAUCGACGAAAUCAAAGACUUCAAGUAUCGCACAAUCUGUGGACGUAGCGGAAGAAGCAGCAAAAUCUGAAACGGUAGAAUCUGAAACCGAAAUCAGGUUGCCAUCGUUAUCGUCGUCAUCACCCUAUACGGAUACCCGAUCAGCAUCUGUUGCUAGCGAUCAUGAAUCUACUGGAACUAAACCCGAGACGUCUACGUCGACGUCGCCGGCGGAGGAGGAUAAACCCAAACUGAGCGACAAGGAAAAGUUUCUGAUUAUGAGAAAACGGAUGAAAGAGAGAGAGGAGGAGAAGUUGGCCAAGAGGGAAUCGUUUGUAGAUUAUUCAAUGAUUGCGUUUCAUGGAUCGCGCAAGGAGAGGGCGGGGAGGGGGCAGAAGGGGCUUGGCAAGACCCUCUCCAACAGACUGGAGAGUAUGGCGUCCUUCAAAUCCAAACCAGAAGACGACGGUAAAACUAAAAGAAAAGGCUUGAUGUCAAUGUUUAGCGAUGAUGAUGAUGAUGAUGAUGACGAUGACGACGAUGAUGAUGACGAUGAAGAAGAUGAUGUCGAGUAGAGCUUUCAAAUAUGAAACAUUGGUUAAUUUCACUACACUUUGUGAAGUGAAAAUAUAAGUCGACACAACAAAGGUUUUUUAUUUUAUUGAUGACGAUAAUGAUAAUGAUGAAGUUUUGCCCUUUGAACGUGAAUAUCAUAUAUACUACACUUUAGAGAUUUACCCAGUCAUUUAAAGGGGGUGUAGCAUGCAAAAUACUGGUUAACGCCAUCUGUGAC